CGGAGCCCCGGCGGCGGCGGCGGGCUGCCCGCGGGUCCCCUUUCUCGGGUGGGCGCAGGGCCCGGCUGCCAGCGCCGCCCGCCCCGCGCCCCGCGCCCCGCGCUCCCCCAGCCUCGCCUUCCCGGCGCCGCGGCGCAUCUGGAGCUGCUCCCGCGCCCCCCUGGCGACCGGCGCGGGGAAGGCACUGGCUUCGCCCGAGCCCGGGGCCGGCAUCUCGCCGGGGUGGGCAGCGCCGCCGCAGCCCCCAGGGACGCAGGACCCGGGCGACCGGGUGCCCCCACCGCCACCCCGGCGCCCAGCCCCGGCCGUGCCCAGCGCGGGAUCCCUGCGGCGGAGAGAGGCCCGAGCUCCACCCGCAGCCGCGGGUCCCUGGGGGCACUGGCACCUGCAAAGGGGACUCCAAGGAAUGUAAUCCAGGAUGCUGGCCCUGCGGCUGCUCAACGUGGUGGCCCCCGCCUACUUCCUGUGCAUCUCCCUGGUGACCUUCGUGCUGCAGCUCUUUCUCUUCCUGCCCAGCAUGCGCCAGGACCCCGCGGCCGCCCGCCUCUUCUCGCCAGCGCUGCUCCACGGGGCGCUCUUCCUCUUCCUCUCCACCAACGCCUUGGGCAAUUACGUCCUGGUCAUCCAGAACUCCCCGGACGACCUGGACGCCUGCCGCAGGGCUCCGUGCCCCGCGCCCAGCACCCACUUCUGCCGGGUGUGCGGCCGAGUGACCCUGAGACAUGACCACCAUUGCUUCUUCACCGGGAACUGCAUCGGCAGCAGGAACAUGCGCAACUUCGUCCUCUUCUGCCUCUACACCUCCCUGGCCUGCCUCUACUCCAUGGUGGCCGGUGUGGCCUACAUCUCCGCGGUCCUGUCCAUCUCCUUCGCCAACCCUCUGGCCUUCCUCACGCUCCUUCCCACCUCCAUCAGUCAGUUCUUAUCUGGCGCUGUCCUCGGUUCUGAAAUGUUCGUCAUCCUCAUGCUCUACCUCUGGUUUGCCAUCGGCCUGGCCUGCGCCGGCUUCUGCUGCCACCAGCUGCUGCUGAUCCUCCGGGGGCAGACGCGGCACCAGCUGCGGAAGGGGCUGGCCGUGCGCGCCCGGCCCUGGCGCAAGAACUUGCAGGAGGUCUUCGGCAAGAGGUGGCUGCUGGGGCUGCUGGUGCCCACGUUCAACGUCGGCGGAGAGAGCGCCAGGCAGAGGGACAAGUAACCCCGUGUGUGCGCCGACUCCUCCCGGGUGCCGACCUGCUCUCCCGCCCGCCUCGCGGGACCCGGGCUGCGUGGCCUCCCACCGAACGACCCGGGGAACAGGGCUGGCCAGGAGGGAAGAAGCCCCCCCUGACCCCCGCCCCAGGCACUGCUCCCCAGGAGCCGCUAGGCUGCUGCUGCCCCCCAGAAAGGCCUUUGCCUCCUGUUUCUUCCUUCCCUGCCUGCCCACCCCUCCGUUUCCGUCACUGCUCUCUGCUCCAGCCCUCUACAGGGCCCCUGUUGGGUACAGGGACAGACUUUCGAUGCUGGGAUGGUCUCCCCCCCCCCCCCGGACCUGGAGCUGGCUGAGGUUUCAAGUGUCUCAUGUGACAGACAGCCCUGCUGCAAAGGAACUGGGCACGGAGGGGGGGUCUCCUCUCUGGACCUGGGGGAGGAGAGUGAGGUGCAGCCUGUGUCUGGUCUCUGCCCCACCAGCCCCCCCCACACACACCGGGUAUAGCCCUGGGAUGUCCAGUACUGUCCCCUGGCCACCCUGUCCCUGCAGGUCCUCAGUUCUUGCCAGGGCCUGGCAGAACAACCUUCCACUGGCACCCACCCAGCCUUCCCAGAUCUGGCCUGUAGGUCUUUGCUGGGUGCUGGGGUGGAGAGAAGAGGGAAAGAGGAGCCAAUGGUGAUGGGGCAGGCAAGAAAGGGCGAGGGGAAAGGGGAGAGAAGGGAGUGGGGUGGGAGAUGGGCAGAGGGGGAGGAAGAGAGGAAGGGGAGGGGACAGGAGGAGGAAAGGAGAAAAGGGGGAGGGAAGGGGGACAGAAAGAAGUGGAGAGGGGAGAAAGGAAGGGGGAGGGAGUGAAGGGUAGAGAGUAGGAGAGAGGAGGAGAGGGGAGGAGUUGGGAGAGGAGGAGAGAAGAGAGAAAGGGGAGAGAUGAGAGAAAGAGGAGGAGGGAGAGAGGAGGAGAGAAAAGAGGAAGGGGGAAGGGGAGAGUAGGAGAGGAGAGAAGGAGGGGAGGAGGGGAGCAGGAGAGGAGAGAGGGAGGGAGGAGGGGGAGCAGGAGAGGAGAGAGGGGAGGACACAGCCAGAGGAGAGGGUGCUGGCGGGAGUGGAGACUGCUUAGGGAAGGAGGUAGGUGAGGGGCGACCAGAGCCUGGGCAUGGGGGUCUGGGGGGCUGAGGAUGAGAGGCCCAUGAGUGCAUUUCCGCCGUCUAAAGGCUCUUUAGUUCCACGCUCCCUGAGGGCAGCUAGGAGAGGCCGAGCACCCCCAGUGCUGUCCAGCAGGAGCUGGCGGGGACACGCGGGGUCAGGGCAGCAGACCCCAGGCUCCCUCCUCUGCCUGCCAUGACCAGGCCCCGCUCUCUCCUCUCGGAGGGUGGGGCUGAAGGUGGGCUCAGGUGGGGGAGCAGGCCGCGUGCUGGGGUCCUGGUGGGGCAGUCCUGGCAGGACGGGGUGUGCGGACCAUCUCUCCACGGGGGUCCACGCCUGGGGCAUAUGAAGGAGUGGGGAGCACAAGCAUGCCCCCUCCUGACUGGGCCAAGGAGCCGUCUGACGCCCACGUUGGCUGAGGGCUGAGGCCCAAACCCAAGACCCUGUGAGCAUCGCAAAUUUCACCCCUAAUUCUUGAGCAGAACUCGGUCCUGCCUCCACGCCCCUGGAUGACUAAAGUGGUGGUGGCUCCACCCCACCACACACCCCGACCCCCCACCCCCACCUCGCACCCCUACCCCACAACCCCACCCUGAGCCCCCACCCUAUAACCCCACCUCACACCCCCACUCCAUAACCCCACCCUACAUCCCAAACCCAUAAUCCCACCCCACACCACCACACAGCCCCGGCUCAUAACCCCACCCUGAACCCCCACCCAGCACCCAAUUUUCUCAUCAGGCACCAACUUGUACUCCCAGGCCCCGAGGCCCCGAGCCUUUCGGGCACAUGGCAGUGAACACUGCACAAGACAAGCUGCCAGGGCAGCCUCUUGCCACCCAACCCCAGAGGCUGCCUUCUUGGUGGCCCAGCGUCACGUGGAAGAGAAACCCAGGUCUCCUCCUUGGAGGAGGCACUGCAGAGCUUGAAUGGGGAGGGGAGUAUGGCAGGCGGCCCUGUGCACAGUUCAGCCACUCCCAGUCUCCCCAAUGCUCUGCUGCCCGCUGAGGCUGGACAUGCCGGGGAAAAAAAGCAGGGGUACCUGCAGGGCCCACCCCCUCACAGGUUGGGGUGGGGGUUGGUGGGGAGGGUACUGGGGCUUGGGGUUGGAGCUGCAUGUGUGCGUGCACAUGGCCCUGGACGGGGGUGGGGAGAACAUCAAUAAAAGGCGUGGCUUCCAA